GAGAGACUUUCCAUCAAGGUCUCACAGAAUGGAGCUGCCAUCAUUCCUCAGGCUGCUUCCCCUAGUUCUUGUCGUGAGGAUUAUAGAAAAUUUUGUCAGCAUUGUGACAGUGCCCGAGAACAGUCUUCCAGGAACCAAGAUCAAUGAAUUCCAGGUAGUUGUGAUUGACGAUGAGAUCACAGGGAUCACUGUCACCUCCAUGCCAAGGGAUCAAUUCUUCCUGCACACUGCGAGAAAGACACAUCAGAUUGAUGAUACCAUGUAUUACACAGUUCAGAUAUAUCUAAAUGACCCAGUAUACUUGGAUUUUGAAUGGAUUCCCAUAUACAUCCUCACUGUAACCAUCAAUACGUUUAAUACGGACCGUCGCAUUGAACAAAUUAAUCUGCUUGUACAAGAUGUCCCAGAUGAAAAGUGUGGAGUCCAGUUUCAAACUCCAGGAGGAGUCACAGUGCGUGUAGAAGAAACAGCAACACCACUUUCCCAAAUCUACACCAUCGUGUCAGCACCAUCACCUGCAACUGAUUUUAUAUACACAAUCAUUGACACGGUCCCUGCGUCUGCGAGAGAUGAAUUCAGUGUAGAUCCAAUGGGCAGCAUUACUGUCCCACUCCGGGGAUUCGGUCGCCAGGCUGAAGAGAGGAAAUUUGAACUGCACAUUACAGUGACACAGAACACAGAAGUUAUUUGUAGUGGGAUAUUACGAAUUAUUGUGACUCCAGUCCAUUAUUGGACUCCGAUAUUCAUAUCUGCUCCAGACACCGUCAGCAUCCGAGAGAACCAAGGCCCAGAGUAUUAUGUGGCACAGGUGACUGCUACAGGAAAUAAUGUUCACUACCACCUAACGGCCUACAGCCCUGCCUUCAAGAUUGGUGAGGAAAGUGGAAUCAUCAGAACCUCGUCCGAUCUUGACCUGGAUCAGAAUCCAGGGCUCGCCGUCAAUCUCCUGGUGAUAGUCGCUUUUGAUGACAGCUACCUUUAUAGUUCAGUGGUUAAUGUCACAGUCUAUGUAAGAGAUGUGAAUGAUCAUGACCCACAAUGCACUCCUCCCAUCUUCGUGACCGAGAUUCCAGAAACCACUCCCAAAGAAAGCAUUCUCUUCCACCUGACCUGCAAUGAUCCAGAUUACUCCGAGACUGGCCUUUCAUAUAUACUUGUAACCAACGAGAAUUCACAUUUCAAAUUCAAGUACCAUGCUAAUAAUGUGAUGCUGAACGAGAGCCUCGAUUAUGACUCUAGUGAGCUGGCAGGUCUGGGUUUCCGCUACACAGCCGAGAUCAUUGUAGCAGACACCGGAACCCCACCACGGACAACAACUGUCUCAAUGCUGGUCACUGUCAGUCAAGUCAAUGAGUUUCCCCCUGUCUUUCAUGGCAUCAGAACAUUCUCGGUUCCAGAGAACAGUCCAGUGAACACACUGGUGGGUGUAGUGAAUGCUACAGAUGCUGACUGGGUCUAUAAUAACUUGCGUUUCUCCAUUGUUGAUCAUGCUCCACCAACUUUCUACAUUCACCCAUACACUGGCCAAAUCAACACUCUGUUUCCACUUGAUUUCGAAAGAAUUGACACCUAUACACUGACAAUUCAGGCGGUUGACAUGAAUCGGAAUGAGGUGUCUGGUAGCCUCCAACAAAGAACCAGUUACGCUCAGUACACCAUCAAUGUUCAGAAUGUAAAUGAUGUUCCUCCUGUAUGUUCGCCCCCGUUCUACAAGGAAACAAUCUACUCUACACGAGCAAACAAUCUCCCCAUUGUUACACUGUUCUGUACUGACAAAGAUUCUGAUCUCCUCAACUACAGAAUUGUUGGUGGAAAUAUAAACGACCGCUUCAUUUCCCAGGGCAGUGCCCUGUUCUCAAGAAACACCUUCUCGUAUAAUCUAGAUGGGAUCUCUGACCCAACGACCUUUGAACUCCUCAUUCAGGUCACCGACAGUAACGGUGCUGAUUCAAAAGUUGAACUGACAACCACGGCGAUUGUCAUUGUCCACGUAGUUCCUUGGACAACUACCACACCAACUACGACUACACCAUCAACUACAAGGACGCCAGAGAAUAAAAUAGUGACCCUGCUGGAUGAAUACUGGAAGCCAGACACCUGGUUUGUAGCGGUCCUGACAUUGGCCUCAGCAAUGGCAGCUUUGACUUUAGCAGUACUGCUCAGGAGCUGCCCCUCAAGGGCCUGGCGUUGUAAACAGUCCGAGAUGUCUGAGCACCUGCUCCAGGUCAGCAGUUCCCUGCCUGAAGCGGAACCACAAGAGGGAGAUACCACUGGAGGUCCCACUGCGGAGAAAAAGCAAUCGCCAUCAAUCAUCUCCCUCAGCCAGCAUUUCGAUGGCCGGGCAAUUGAUCCAGCGACUGGAAGGCCUUACCUCUUCAACACUGUGACAGGAGCCCGCCGAUGGGUGUGAGAGAGAGCCCCCAUUCCAGCCCCUCCCUGGGAUAAGCCACACUUUGCAAGGGAGGAGGGAGUAUUUACUGCAGGGGGAAGAGUACAGGGGCACACAGCAUUGAGCUGAUCAUUGCUACUCUCCACACAGGUGACCCCUGACCUUGGACCGUGUGGGCACCACUAUAUUUCGUUACUCAUUGACUGAUACCAUUGCACAGUAGUGGUUCUGAUAUAAGUGAAAACUUCAGGAUCAAUCUUAUUGGGAUCAUUAUCUUGCUUUGAAAUAUUCCUACCUGGCCAUAUUUUACUCAUGUCUGAGUUAGGCGAUCCACAGCAGUCUAACACACCCAGAGCUCCUUGUAUUUGACAGAAUGGAA